GCGCAGGUAGCAACAGCGCAUCCGCAUGUAGACUGGCCGGUGGUACUGAGAAGCGUGGAAAUUUGAUGGAUUGCCCUGAUUUUCAUUUAUAAUUUAGAAAGUUUUUAAUUUUUGAUGAUAUUUCGUUGAGAGUAAUAACUUUGCAUCAGGCAUAUAAAAUGAAUCUUAUAACAAUUUUAGAAAAAACUGUAUCUCCAGAUAAAAUUGAACUAGAAGCAGCACAACAUUAUCUUGAACAAGCUGCACAGACAAAUUUGCCAGAAUUCUUGAAAUCACUGUCAGAUGUACUUCAACAUGCAGGCAAUAGUCCCGUGGCUAGAAUGGCAGCUGGCCUACAGCUCAAAAAUUCUCUCACUUCUAAAGAUUCUGAAAUCAGGGUUCAGUAUCAACAGAGGUGGUUUCAGUUCCCAGAGGAUAUUAAAACAUAUAUUAAAAAGAAUGUAUUGGCAUCCCUAGGAACAGAAACCAUUAGACCUAGUUCAGCAGCACAGUGUGUUGCUUAUGUUGCUGUAGCAGAACUACCACAUGGUCAUUGGCCAGAACUUAUUCAGAUCCUCACUCAGAACAUAACUGACCCAAGCAGUUCUGAGAUGAUGAAAGAAUCAACUUUAGAAACUAUAGGAUAUAUUUGUCAAGAUAUAGAACCUGAUGUUCUUGUUACUCAAUCCAAUGACAUUUUAACAGCAAUAGUUCAUGGAAUGCGAAAAGAUGAACCCAGUGAUCAUGUAAAGCUAGCUGCCACCAAUGCACUUUUAAAUUCGUUAGAGUUUACCAAAGCAAACUUUGCAAAAGACUCUGAACGUCACUUUAUAAUGCAAGUUGUUUGUGAAGCAACCCAGUCAUCAAACACUCAGGUGCGUGUAGCAUCACUUCAGUGCUUAGUGAAGAUCAUGUCACUUUAUUAUCAAUAUAUGGAACACUACAUGGGCCCUGCUUUAUUUGCUAUCACGAUUGAAGCCAUGAAAAGUGAAACUGAUGAAGUUGCUCUUCAGGGUAUUGAAUUCUGGUCAAAUGUAUGUGAUGAAGAAGUGGAUUUAGCCAUUGAAGCUUCAGAAGCAGCAGAACAAGGCAGACCUCCUGAACGAACUUCUCGCUUUUAUGCAAAAGGAGCACUACAAUAUUUAGUUCCCAUUCUCAUGCAGACUCUUACUAAGCAGGAUGAGCAUGAUGAUGAGGAUGACUGGAAUCCUUGUAAAGCAGCUGGAGUAUGUUUAAUGCUGAUGGCCACUUGCUGUGAAGAUGAUAUAGUUCCUCAUGUCCUGCCUUUUGUGAAAGACAAUAUAGCUAAUCCAGCAUGGCGUUACAGAGAUGCAGCAAUUAUGGCAUUUGGUUGUAUACUUGAAGGACCAGACCCUAGUCAGCUCAAACCCAUUGUGGAACAAGCUAUGCCAAUGCUAAUAGAGCUUAUGGCUGACCAGAGUGUGGUGGUGAGGGAUACAGUUGCAUGGACCAUUGGUCGUGUGUGUGAGCUCAUUUCUGAAGCAGUAAUAAAUGAAAACUAUCUUAAACCUCUUCUCGAAACCUUGGUAAAAGGCCUUUCAGCUGAACCAAGAGUUGCAUCUAAUGUAUGCUGGGCUUUCAACAGUUUAGCAGAAGCAGCCUAUGAUGCAGCAGAAGUUCCUAAUGAAGGAGCUGAACCACAGACAUACUGCUUAUCAGAUUAUUUUGAAGUUAUUGUCCACAAGCUGCUUGAAACAACAGAAAGACCUGAUGGAAACCAAGCAAACUUGCGUAGUGCUGCUUAUGAGGCAUUAAUGGAAAUGGUUAAGAACAGUCCUAGUGAUUGUUAUAUGUUUGUUCAGAAGACAACAAUGAUUAUUCUAGAGAGACUUCAGCAUGUGUUAGCUCUUGAAGGCCACAUUCAAAACACCUCUGAUAGAGUUCAGUACAAUGAUUUACAAUCACUGCUGUGUGCCACCUUACAGAGUGUUUUAAGGAAAAUGACAUCUGAAGAUGCUCCCAAAAUAUCUGAUGCUAUUAUGACAGCUCUACUCCAAAUGUUCAACUCAAGUAGCUGCAAAUCUGGGGGUGUUCAGGAAGAUGCCUUAAUGGCAGUGUCCACAUUGGUUGAAGUUCUAGGUGAACAGUUUCUGAAGUAUAUGGAGGCUUUUAGGCCAUUUUUGGCAUUGGGAUUAAAAAACCAUGCAGAAUAUCAGGUGUGUACAGCUGCUGUUGGUUUAACUGGGGACAUUUGUAGAGCUCUUGGAACCAAAGUUUUUCCCUAUUGUGAUGAUAUAAUGACAAUGCUAUUAGAAAAUUUAGGGAAUAAUAAUGUUCAUCGCUCAGUGAAACCCCACAUCCUCUCUGUAUUUGGUGAUAUAGCUCUAGCCAUAGGUCCCGAAUUUAAAAAGUAUCUGGAGAUUGUUCUGCAAACUUUAAUGCAGGCAUCUUCAGCUCAUAUAGAGAAGAUAGACUAUGACAUGGUAGAGUAUCUAAAUGCACUUCGUGAAGGAUGUUUAGAAGCUUACACAGGUAUUGUUCAGGGACUCAAAGGGGACCAAAGUGCACCAAGCUCCGAUGUCCAGCUUGUUUUACCUCACGUACAGUAUGUAGUAGAAUUCAUCAAACACCUAGCUCAAGACCCAGAUCACUCAGAUGAGAACAUAGCUGCUUGUGCUGGUCUUAUUGGGGACCUUUGUUCAGCCUUUGGAUCAAACAUGUUACCACUCCUUGAUAAUGAUGUCAUUAGUGACUUACUUACGAAAGGCCGUCGCUCCAAAGCUACUAAGACCAAAACACUAGCUAGUUGGGCAACAAAGGAAGUUAGAAAACUUAAAAAUGUUGUAUCUUCAUGGUCUCUUGGGUCUGCUGUUUAUCAUGAAUAAGUGUCAGGAGUGAUUAAGACAAUGAUUCCUUUAGAAUGUCAAAAUUGUAAGGGUUGUAAGAUAUUUUCUCAGUCUUCAAUUUCAGUUCAAAUACAAUUUUCAAAGACAGUUAAAACCAGAUACUGAUUAAACUUAAGCAACACUAGUGAUGGGAUAAUACAUAAUUUAAAAGAGAGGCAGUUGGACUUCACUCUCAUCAAGGAUAUGUAUGAAACAUUCUUGGGAAAUGUGUUGCAUUCUACAAAGUUGCAUCAUACACUAGAGAUGUUUUGAACAGAAGUUUUUCAGAGGUCUUAUUUAAGGAUAUUUCGGAGUCUUAUCAACUCUCCUACUUUUAUGUAUGCAAUAUUACUGUUAUUGUGCACUUGCUGAUCUAAGUGACUGAAACUUCAUAUUGAAAAGUAAUGUCAUAAAUUGUAAAAAUGUAAAGCUGCUUCUACCAAACAUUCAAUUCUGAGCAUAAGCUAAAUGACUGUUUGCAGUUUAAAUCAUAAAAAUAAACUGUGGGUAGUAACUGUGUAAGUGGGAUUCUCAAUAAAAACAGACUUUAUUAGGACCUUCACAAGUUUAACAAAAUAUGCCCACAAUUCGUAAAUAUCAGGCCUGGACUUUUACAGAUAAUACACAGCUGAAGUCCAAACUUCUGACUCAACAAUAUAACCUCAGUACAAGAAGUUAGGAAAAAAGAAUCAGAAUGAGGAAAAAACCUUUGUAAAUUAUCACAAGACCUGUUUAAUAAUACAAAACUUACACAUUCUGAUUAAUUAUAAACUUGCAACAUUUGUAAGCUGUAUCCAAGUUUCAAGCAGUAUCCAGUUUAAAACUCCACAUUCUCUGGUGUGUGGUUUAUGUAAUGUUUUCUUCUCUCUUUACUACCAGACAACAAGAUUACAACUCAGCAUGAAACAAAUAUUGGCUGUUCACAAAACAUCUGAUCAACUUAAUGUAUAUUACCAUUAACUUUAAUUUGAUAUGAGUUGGCAUCAUGCAUAAAGAAAAUUAAGAGACAGCUCAACUAAACAACAGAGGAAAAGGUGCAUAAAAUAUGAACAUAAUAAUAAUUUAAAAAAUUAAGGAAUGCUAUUUCACAGCCAACAUUGUUUUAUUACCAUGAUUUGCUCUGUCAUGACUAAAAUAUUUUACAAGUUACAGUUCACUGUAGUUGCUGUAUAGUAUAGGCAGCUUUUUGAAAAACAUAGCACAAAUAUUAAACUUGUUAUUAAAUUUUAUAAGAAUUUUUAAAUAUGUGUGUUACCAUUUUGCAUGAGUAUUUUAAUCUGUACCCAAUCUUAAAAGAACUUACAUUUGUAGCAAGCAUUUAAAUAUGUUAUAGUAAGUACCUGAGGCUUAGUAAUUAAAUUAGCUAUGAAUUAAAAGGCUUUAUAUAUGAAAAACACUUGAGUUAACACUGUUUUGGAAUAUUUAUAAACCAAUCUUAUGAAUCUUAAUAU